AUGAAGUCAGAUACGCAAGUUAGAGCGCCAACACCGAAGGUCGGCAAGCAGGCCACUGCGGUGACCCUGGGCGCAUUCCUAUCAGGCGCCAUGAUGAGCCUCUCAGCAGUCAUGAUCCCAGUUGUGCUGCAGACCAACGACCAAGCCGACCAGCUUCUCAAGCAAUGGGCCCUUCUUUACCACUAUGGUCACAUCAUCAUGCCAUCUCUUGCCAUCCUCACCACAUCGCUGUAUGCAUACAUCGCCUACAGCAAAAGAGCAGUCGGCCACCAAGACUGGUCUGCUUAUGCCAAGGCCGGCCUGACUACUAUUGCAAUCGUGCCGUUCACGUUGACAAUCAUGGAGCCCACAAACGACACUCUUCACGAGCUCUCGCGAUCCACGGGUAACAGCCUUGACAUCGUGCAAGGUCUCAUCGUCAAAUGGGUGUGGAUGCACACGGUCCGCUCAGUGUUUCCCAUGUUCGGCUCGAUUUUGGGCUUCCGUGGCGUGCUCAAGGAGUGCGGAGUUUAUUCUAAGUAG